AUGGAUCCUUCUCUUUUAGCAAAACAAAAUCCUGUUCCUUUCUCUUCAAGCGUGAAAGGAUUUGCUGGUAAAUUUUAUGUCGAAUCGCCAUUUCUGACCAUGUAUCAGAAUAACAACAACACUCAAAACUUAUUACCAUUCGGAACCACCACAUGGGAUUCAUCAACCAUUCCAGAACAAAUUAACUCUCAUUCCGCACAACCACAGCAGCUAGAAACGAAUUCCGAAAUGGUUCCUCCUGUGUCGUCUUACCAAAAUGACACGACUAGUAAUUUCACACCUGAGAGUGGUUUUAAUUUGGGAAAUAAUUUAGACAAUAAUUUUGGAGAUUCAUCCAACUUGAUGACUUCAUUCAACAAUGACAAUAGUUUCAUGAACAACAACAACUUUAUGAGCAAUAAUUAUUUACCUUCAUGGUCGUAUAAUCCCUACGAUCCAAUGAAUUACAUGAUGAAUAGUAACAUGAUGUAUGAGCAAAUGAUGAUGGAACAACAAAUCGCGUUCAACAAUUACAUGGAUGAGAUAAAGUUAAAGGCAUCUAUUGCAAAAGAUAAGAAUAACGAAGCAACGUUUAUUUCAAAUGCAUGCUAUGAAGAAUGCAUAAAAUCGUACAAUUUAAAUCCAUGGAACGAAAUUGAAAAACGAUUACAUCCAACAUUAGAAUACAAACACUUGUCACACGGGGAAAUUAAUUGCAUCAAAGAGUGUGUUUCAAAGCAAAAGAAAUUGGUUUCACAUGUGCUGAAGCGAAUCUAUGCCAAAAUGGCACCAAAUACAAAUUAA